CUACCACAAUGCUCGGUACUGGACCGUGGGUGUGGGGAUGCACGAUCGCCACCAUGUGUAUACAAGUCAGGUCCAUCAUGUCCGCAACUUGAUUGUCCACUCCGGCUACAAUUCUCGUACAAACCUUAACGAUAUUGCCCUGAUGAAACUGGACAAACCUGUAGAUAUCAACAGUCAAUACAUCCGAGCUGCCUGUCUGCCACAUUCUUACGACCAAUUCGAACAAAUGACGUGUACAGUUACUGGAUGGGGUGCCACAUAUUUCGAUAACAACGGCAAUGCCCCGGGCGCUCAGUACUUAAGAAAGGUUGAUGUACCGACGAUGACAAACUCCCAGUGUCAGUAUUUCCUGGGUAGAAAUCACGUGCACACAAGUAACAUCUGCGCAGGUUUGAGGGCAGGCGGGAAAGAUGCCUGUCAGGGUGACAGCGGCGGACCUUUAGUUUGUAAGAAGGACGGAUUGUGGAAAUUGGCGGGAAUCGUGUCCUGGGGGUACGGCUGUGGGGACAGGAACGCCCCCGGGGUGUACACACGUGUCAGUUCCUUCCUAACCUGGAUUAACCAACAAAAAGCAGCGCAUCCUUGAUCUCUUUCCAAUUAACUCAGAUUUUU